AACUAAAUAACAUGGGUUUGAAUCAUUGUGUAACAGUUUAAUUGCUAGAGUUCUACAGUCGGUGUCUCCAGUUGUUUAUUAUCAAACAAAAAUGUCUCUGACAAUGAUUGGUGGUGUGAAAAUCCCCAUAGUGGGGCUAGGAACAUGGCAGGCUACCAAUGAAGAAGAACUUGAAGCUGCCGUUGAAGCAGCUUUGGAAACUGGAUACCGCCACAUCGACACUGCAGCUGCAUACCAAAACGAACAUGUCAUCGGCAAAGUUCUAAAUAAAUGGCUGACGUCUGGCAAACUUAAGAGGGAAGAUAUUUUCAUUACUACCAAGCUUCCAUUUACUCAUAUUCAUCCAGAUAUGGUUGAGUCUGCUUUGAAGGAAUCAUUAAAAAAGCUUCAACUGGACUAUGUUGAUUUAUAUUUGGUGCAUUUUCCAGUACACAUAAAAGUUAUUGAACCGGGAAAACCUUUGGAAACUUUACCUACCGAUCAUCUGGCUGUUUGGAAGAAAAUGGAAGAACAAGUGGAUGCGAAAAGAACCAGAACCAUCGGUCUCUCCAACUUCAGUGUAAAACAAAUCGACAGAAUAGUGAAGAAUUGUAGAAUUCAACCAGUCAACACUCAAGUGGAACUGCACGUGUACUUCCAGCAGAAAAAACUAAGAGAUUAUUGCAAGAAUCACAACAUCGUCGUCGUAUCUUACGGCUCACUAGGAUCACCUGGAUUAAAUAAUAUGUACAAAAGAUUCGGAGGAGAUGUAGAAGUUCCCAGUCUUCUUGCUGACCCAGUGGUAACCAGAAUCGCAGAGAAACACAACAGACCUACGAGCCAUGUGCUCUUAAGAUAUUUAACUCAAAAUGACAUCGUUGUUAUUCCAAAGAGUGUAAAACCAGAGAGGGUGAGGCAAAACUUCAAUUUCUCAGAUUUUACUCUUGAUGCUGAAGACUUGAAAGCUUUGGAGGGCUUAGAUAAAGAAGAAAAGGGAAGGUUGUUCAAUAUGAAUCUUUUAAUGCCUACCCUUAAAGAUCACCCUGAAUACCCAUACGAGAGUUAAAGCAAUUGGCGGAAAAAGAAACAAGGACAAGAAUUAUGCGAAAAUUGGUCAGCGCCGUUUUACUUGCCAAAGUAAAAAAAAACUUUUGAAAAUAUUUAAAAAUAAAAUCUGAAAAUAUU